CAAUGGUUAUGUACCAGUUCAUCGAGGAUGAACGCGUCAGGAAUGUAACCAUGAGGAAGAGGAAGGCGAGUCUAAUGAAGAAGAUGAAUGAGUUGAAGAUUUUGUGUGAUGUUGAUGCAUGUCUUGUGAUGUAUGAAACCGACGACAGUCCACCUGAUGUUUGGCCAUCUCCUUCUGAAGCACAUCGAGUGAUUCAAAGGUUUAAUAAAUCGCCAAUGUGGAGUCCUAAUGCUCUGCAAGAUCACUCAGCUUAUCUUGAGAAACAAAUAGCCAAAAUGAAGAAACAGUUGGCAAAGGAAAAGGAGAAGAACAUGAAACAUUUGAUGGUGAAAUGUUUGUUUGAUGAGAACGCACUCAGUGAGGUCAACAAUCAAGAGGUUUUGGAUGGUGUGCGUUCUGCGAUUGACAGUGAGAUUGAAGCGAUUGAUGAUAUGAUCAAGGAAGCUCAAGAGAAGGCCAAGAAAAAGAUGGUUUUUAGAACCUUCUUUUAAGAAAAUGUCAUCUGUAUGCGAUCAAAUCGUUAUGUUCUA